AUGGCACUGGCAAUGGCACUGGCACCUACCCCAGGCAUUUUCUCUUCUCUCCUGUCGUGCUCCCUUCAGACGCCUUUUGACGCUCUUGCGAGCGGCCUGUACCUCUCAGGUACCUCUACCUACAGAUCAACUACCUACCCGGCUUGGCCUAUCGAAUAUCUGUACGGCACAAUGAACACCCAGCCCUUUUCGGAAGAGGAGAAGAGAUUCGUUCUUGCAGAGGCCAUCAGGACCAGCACAAUACCCUUGGAUCGACUCUUCCACUUUCUCAACGAUGGGCGUAUACACAUCGCUUGGGACGAGAUGUUACUCCCGCGUGGGCGAAACCUUAAACAAUGUAAAGACGCCUUCGAAGCCUUGCGACCAAGCCCGCCCACGCAAAUGUACCAGUUUCAAGCUCAUAGCCAGAGCCUUCCAGCCUUGAGCCCUAUUAUUGCCAGUGCUGGGAUCAAGCGCAAGUCGCCAGGACAACUAGAGCUAUUCUCUCCUGCCUCUGAUCCAAAGCGACGUCAGUCCAAUGAUCCUGUUCCAACGGCGCGCGACAUUCGUCCCAAACCGCCCCCCUCUAAUGGGUCCCCUCUGACAAUGGGCUCUUUUCACCCAUCCGAACCCAAGAAGCGCGGUCGACCAUCCAAAAAGGAUGUCGAGCGCAAGCAAGCCGAAGCGAUCGCACGAGGAGAUAUCAUUCCACCGGCUACAACAACGCCAUUGCUAGGAUAUGCGAGCCAUAACAACGAAGCGGGCACGAGUAACUAUGCGCCAAUUCUUCCCACUCCUCCAUCGAUGACACCGGCUCAUGUAUAUGGGCCAACUCAAAGCACUCCCAUGCGGAAGGGGAGCCCAGAAAGUGCAGCGGAAGUACCUGGGAAGAGGAAACAGGCCAAGGCAACUCCCAAGGCACUCAAGCCAGUUGGUCGAGCCUCAGGAGUCGUAUGCCACGCCUUCCACCGCACCACCCGACCCUGGCCCCAUAUCAGGUCCAGUUCCGGUGGUUUCUACCGCACGGAGCAGCAACCUUUCCAUCCUGAGUCCAGAGGCAGCACCACCGUUAACGAUCCAGCCACAACGACCGCCCCCGGCAUGAGGCACCCUCCAAAUCCACUGGCCUUGCCAGGACUCGCCUCGGGCAUCUCGCAUACUUUACCGUCUGCCCCGCCCUCCCCCUCGUCCCCCUCCUCCCUCUCCCCAUUUUUACUUCCUCAGUACUACAAAACCCCCACCUCAUCCACCUCAUCCACCCCCCACCCCCACCCCAGUCCAGUCCAGUCCAGUCCAGUCCAGUCCAGUCCAGUCCCAGAAUCUAGACCGGCCUCACCAUCCGAAAGUAACGGGUGA